AUGACUGUCCGUCAGCUUCGUGGGAGUCAAUAUACACCUGAUAAGCGCUUGGUGGACAAUGCCAACGAGCUUCUCAGCGUGAAAGCGGUACAGGCUAAAGAGGCCCAGCAACAGAAGGUUGAGAAUGACCGUCAGAUGCGAGCUCAAGAGCGUGAGGCGACUCGUCUGCUGCGUGAGAAGGAGGCAGUACAAGCAUCUCAAGAGGCGGCACGAGAGUCUGAAGCUUCGGAGACACUAAAGGCGCAUGGGGUGGUGAAACAAAUUUUGGGGGAUCCGGAAGAUGGUGGCUUUGGAUUUGGCAGUCUCAAACAAUUCUUCGAUGCGCUAUGGCGGCCUGGCGGUGAUCGUGCAACGUCUUCUCUGCUCAGCAAGUACGUGGAGAAACAUGGAGCCGACCAUGCUCGGAACAUGUUUCGGCGCUCGAAUCAGGCGCGCGAUGAUUAUAUCUCGGAAGAGCUCGCAAAAAUUUUGCAGAAGGAGGGACGUGCAAUCCAAGCUCUUUUGACACGGGAAUGGACAACCAGUGUAACCGACCUUCUCCAGCAGUUCUCGAUGGAGGAUCUAACAGUGCAGCUUGAGCAAGUCGCACCAACAUUAUGGGAAACGUUGGGUUUGGUGUCGACCCCAGACCAGUCGACACGACGUCAAUCAAGUGGAGAUAAUAGGCGGGACAAAAGUCUGGUUUUCACAACAAUCUGCGCCCUUGUUAGCGUCUUGCGUUCACAGAAGGCCAACAAUUUUCAGAUGGUCGUUGGACUCUUUUUACUAGGUUCAGGGGCAUCAAAAAGAGAAAUCUCUGUCCUUGCCCAUGCGGGUCUCUCAAUCUCAUAUGCGCUCAUUAUCGAUCACGUCAAGAAGCUGUCUACUGAGGGCUUAGUCACUAUUCAAGAGGUGUUCCGGACUUCGAUGGUCCAAAUCGUAUGGGAUAAUCUUAACAUCGCCUUUCGUAUUGCAGAACAGCGGAUGGGCUCAAAGAACCAUUUCGACAGCGGCACGACAGCAACUAUGAUUCCUGUUUUUGACCCGGCGACUGGCAAGCAUGCAGCUCAUGGGACUCUUCCGCUUGAAACAAACCCGUCCCGAGAGCGAACACUCCCAGUCCUUGAUUGGACAGCAGACGACAUAUUACCCAGUCCUCAAGAAGCGGAGCAGAUAUCGCAGACAUGCCUCUGGCAGCUCAAGCGAAUUGCACUUGAGCAUAUUCCGGGUGUUACUGAUGUGCUUCGUGAGUCGCUGGGCGAGUGUCCUACGGUCCAUCAAAUUCCGCUGCAUAAGACUGAGCAGUAUCCCUUACCUGCCAUGAAAUUGGACGAAUCAAGUCUUGACGGUACGAUCGAGGUCUACGAAACAAUACUCCGAAAUAUCGGGGUUAACGAUGAAGCACUCCGUAAACACGGAAUCAUGUUCGAUGAUGGUGAUUUGCUGACUGACUCGCUGAAGGAGAAGGUAUAUUUUCAGUCAGCUAUAAAGUACAGUACUGACUGGUGUUAG